GUCUGGAGUUACGUGGGGUUUUCCUCUGCGUUUUGCGUGGAGAUGCUGAAGUGAAAGUGAAAGCGCGAAUGGCACUCGGCGCCCUGAAGGACAGUGCAGAAGAGCGCUGGCGGUCGGCAUGAGGCGCUUGGUGAAGCGCUUGAAGCUCCUCGGCUUCCUUCUCAGUGCUGUGUGGUCCUCAGGUGUGUUGGCAGCUGUGGGCGGGAUACACUGGUUACCCUGUAGGCUGGUGGAGGAGUUUUACUACCCAGAUUCUGAGGGACACACGGAGACGAAGUACCAGAACAGGGAUGUGAUCCUGCAGUUUGGAGAAGCGGGAGACAGCCCCGCCAUCACGGACACCGCCACGUUCCUCGUGACAGCUGGGACCAAGCUGGACAUGAGACAGUAUGCAGAGGGGGAGCCAGGUGAGCUCCAGUGCGAGAUCCGCCGAUACAGCACAGGGGGGAUCCAGAUGCGUUGGCCAGGCUAUGGAGCUCAGGAACACGACAACUGGUUCACCUGUUCACUGAAGCACAGCGAAGGUCUCUUCAGCAUGACCACCUUCCUGAGACACGCCUCGACAACACCCACAAACCCCCAAGAUGACUACAACAAGUGGACUCCUAUUGGAGACCGGAAGAUUGUCAGCACUACAGCUGUGAUGGUGGUUCUGACCCGCUCACCCUCAAUGGAAGUAGGUCUGCUGAAGGACCCAGCGCUGCACUGCCAGUUUGCUGUCGACCACAAGCGACCAGACCUGACCGUGGAAUGGCGUUUGCAGCGUCAUGGCGAGCGUUCCAAGCUCUUCAGCUACACCAGCCGCUCAGGGAAGACUGAAGGCGCAGGGUUGUCACAGCGGGCAAUCAAUAAUGGCGAUGCCUCCCUUCGGCUUUCCCCCACCACCGUGGCCAGUGAAGGAACUUACAUUUGCUCCGUCUAUGUGCCCCCGCUUUACGGCAGCCAGGAAAUCGUGCUGCACAUCCUGGAGAAUCCUCGUGUGACCAUAAAUGUAGGCAGUGCCCUCGAGCUGCCGGAGGGGAAUGAGCAGAAGGUGGUGUGCGAGGCGCAAGGCUACUACCCCCUAGAUGUGGAGAUGGAGUGGCUGCGGGAGCGAAAAGGUGCACGCUUGCCAGAAGUGCUGAAGAACGUCCUCUUCUCCAGCCACCGGCACCACUCCGAUGGCACCUACAGCCUGUCGUCCUUCUUCCUGCUGAAGCCCACUCUCCACGACUCAGGCUACACCUACUCCUGUAGAACGUCCCACCGUUCCCUACGCAGCCCCAUCCGCAAGAGCUUUACCCUCACGGUGACAGACCCUGUAACCUGGAAAGACAUACUCUUUGGAAUCAUUGGUGUUGGCACUGUUGGAUUCUUGAUUUUUAUUUUGGUCAUUAUGCUGCGCUACCUGCACUCAGCAAAAAAAGAAACAAAUAAGAAAAAGCCGUACUGAAGGAGUGUGCCUGAAGAACUUAAUCUUUGGCCCAACGAAGUGACAGCAAACAAUGGCUCUUUCUCCAGUCUUCCUCUCCCCUCUUCUUCGUCCCAGUGUUUCCUCUGGACCAUGGUGUGUUCAGGCCUGUAAAUUCGGUUGGGGUAGUGGGUUCAACAGCUGUGUAGCAGAACAGUUUUACUACAGAUCUGACAAGGUUGUAAUAAUGAUCUACUGAUCAAUGAUACGGAUUUACUGCGACUCCACUGCUUAGCUGAUGGAGCCCCAUCCUGUGUGGUGAUGGAAUCAGUAUGCUAAGAGAUGUCGUGAAAUAAUGUACUUUUCUCUGAAAUUGAAUAGACACAUACUGGUACAGCUGGAUGUGAGGAUAUGUCUUAUGAUGUAAGAAAUUAUUUGUUUACAUUGUUUGAAUAAACAUCUAAA